GUUUCUCUGUUUGUAGUCUUUUAUCAUCAUCUUCUUGUGAGACAUCGAUCCCCAGGUGUGCUACGGAGUUUCAAGGCGCUGUUUUGUCCACAAUAACCUGCAGAAGCGGAUAACGUCUUAUUACCAUGGCAACAAGCAUCAAUGGCUUUGAUGACCAGGGAAGCAAUUUGGAGGGGAAGUUUGCUGGCAGAGUUUCCACGGCAAAAUCCUACGGGUGUGAGGAAUGCAACAAGCAGUUCAGUAUGCCGGGUAAUCUUAAGAGACACACGCAGGCUCACAGAGGGGAGAAACCCUACAAAUGUGAGGAGUGCAGCAAACAGUUCAGUCAACUGGUUGAUCUAAAGAGACACAUGCAGACUCACACAGGGGAGAAACCUUAUAUGUGUGAGGAGUGCAGCAGACAGUUCAGUGUGCUGGGUCAUCUGAAGACCCACAUGCGGACUCACACAGGCGAGAAACCCUACAAAUGUGAGGAAUGCAGGAGGCAGUUUAGUCAUCUGCAUUCUUUAAGGAUCCAUGUGCGAUCUCACACAGGGGAGAAACCCUACAGGUGUGAGGAGUGCAGCAUGCAGUUCUGUCAGCUGGGUGAUCUGAAGAAACACAUGCGGACUCACACAGGGGAGAAACCCUACAAGUAUGGAAGUUUGUAG